AAAACAAAAACAAAAAAAAAAAAAAAAAAAAAAAAAAAAAAAAAAAAAGAGAGAGAGAGAUGAUCUGGCCAUAAAUAAUGAGCCCAGCAACUCAGUACUGAGGUGAUAAAAACUGAUGUGUGUGGAGAAGAGGAGCAGUGCCUUGCUCUGUCUUGCUGGUGGACUGACAAGGGGACACCACCCUGAGAGCAGAGGCUGGUGAGAGGGAUUUCAGAGGGAAAAAGGCUCAGUAAGGGCAGCACAAAAUGUUUUCCCCUUGUCCUACACUUAUUUUGAGUUUCCACCCAGUCUGGGUGAGCACACUGUCAAUACACCAAGCUGGUGACCCAGGCCCUGCUGAGCCUAUUCCAUCACCAGAAAUGUCAUUUUGGAGAGCUCCAGACUGGCCCCUGCUCCUCUGAAAGGCUUGCACUGAGGGGAAAACUAAAUGUUUCCCGCUGCUCUUGACAUUUUCUUAUUAUCUGUGUGUGCUUAAUCCUUCUCUGUGUCCUGCUGAGCUUAUGAAAAAGCAAUUUAGGGGCUUUAUUCCAAGGAAAAUCAGGAGUUAGCAGCUUUUGCUAGUCCUUAUACCAGGGCAUAUGUUACGUGCAGUGGUUGGGAAAGGAAAAUGGGAAUAAUGCUUGACUUGAACUGUGCAGGGUUUGAGGUUGGGGCUCCUGGUCACACUCCUGUGAUAAACGCCAAUAACUCACUUCUUGAAAUUUAUGAAAAUUUAAUAAAGAAUAAAAAUUGGUUACAAAAAAAGUUAAUACAAUAAUAAAAGUUUAAAAAGUUUUCAGAGACAGGACAAAUAAUGAGACAAUAAGAGCAAAGAAGGUAGCCCGGGUCUACCGUCCCCCCUCCCUCUCAGACAAAGGCUGUGAAGGAGAAGGGCCUCCUUCGGGAGGAAUGCCCCCUUUUUGAAGACCAAAAUUUCAAAAUUAUGCAAUCUUUAUCUUAAGACAGACCCGUUUGCCCAGAGUCCCCCUUCUAAUCCUGGGCGUCCAGGAGUUGGGCUUGACCAGGUGGUUCGUGUGGAUUCAGUCUGGGUUGACCAGGUGGCUUCUGUGGAUGCAGGGAGAUAUGCCUCUUGUCUUCUGAAAGUCCUAAGGGUGGGUUCUCUUCUUCUUGUUGUAACUGUUAUCUCUGUUGAGAAACACCUCUGGGCCUCUCCCUUUUUUUUUUUUUUUUUUUUUCUUUUUUUUUUUUUCUUUUUUCUUUUUUUUUUCUCCUUCUUGAGCUAAAGAAAAUAUCUUACACACAAUUCUUUUAUUACUAAAACUUAAUGCUAAAAAUUACAUUUACUAUAUUAUUCAAAUGUCAAUACAGUAUAACUUUUCUACCUAGCAUUAUUGUAUAUAGUAAAUAUCUGCAUAGAGCCACACACACAACAAGCCUUUUUCACACUCCUAAGUCAUGCCUGUGAUUUUGGGGCUGCAGCUGAGUCAUCUCACAGAGCAGGGACUCUUGCAGCUGGUCCCAAAGCACUUUGGGUUUGGGUUUUUCCAUGGCUGAUGUGUGUGACCUCGGUGUGAAACAUCACCAACCCUCCUCUGAACCCGACUGGAGCUUUGCCCCAGAAAAGUGAAGAGAAUUGUACUUCUUGAAAUUGAUAUUUGUAACCUGCUCCUCAGGGGGACUCCAGACCUACUUCCCUGUCUCUGCCUCAGGCCAGGCUGCUUUCCCUGAACUAUAUGGCACAAAGCCCUGAUCUCUGGUGCUGUUCAGAUAAUUACGCUCAUUAACAGACCUGAAGGAGAUGUCAGGUUAAUUUUGAUGCAGUAAUUAGGCUUUGGCACAGGAGCUACCAUGCCUUGAUCUCUGGGGAGCACAAAGGAGCUCCAGCAGGGUCAGUGGUGUGAAAAGAGAGACCCUAAAACCAACCUGCUGCCCAUGGCAGGACCUGGCAGGGAGUUUGUGCCACUGGUGGAAAUAGGGACUUGUUGUGUCCCUAUAAACCCUAAAAUAAAGGGUGCUGUGGUUUGGGGUUCAGAUUCAGACCUUGGCCACCUUUUUCACAGGGUGAUAAAUGAUAAAUAACACAGAGAACAGACAUUUUCAGCUCCCCUGAAGCUGCUGCAUAGAGCUUAAAGACUAACUGGGGGAAAAAAAGAGUAAAACAAUGUCAAGGCGUGCCCAGAGGAUGAUAAACGUGUCUGGGAGCAGUGGAGAAACAGAUAAAGAGGCCUCCAGCGGGUUUUUGGCAAAUUAUGUAAAAAGAAGCAACAGAAAGAAAGUUAGAAAUGUUUAUUCCCGCCAAUUUUGGUGUCAAUUCUGCUGAACCUGCACGGGAGAGCUGCCUGGUGUCCCCUGAGGCUCCAGGAUUUUUUGUGCUGGCACCAGAACUUUCCUGGAGAAAAUCACAGAUUCCUCCAGAUUAAUUUGGGACACAGAGCAGCUGACCCAACUUCAAAAAUGUGACUCAUGGCCCCUCCAGCAAAGGAUCAGGAGCAGUUUCUGCGUUGGGGCAAGAGCCCCACAGGACACAAAGGUGAUGAAGAUGAGAGGAACCUGGCUGGGUGUGCCUGUUGGACCCCUGCUGGCUCUGGGACACAGGCACAAAUGGAGAAACAUGAUGGAUUCCAGGAAGUUCAGGCUGUUUUUCUGCCUGGUGGGGCUCAGCAGUGCCAGCUUCUUGGUUUUCUACAACUGGACCGAACUCCACGUGUCCUGUGAGAGCAGCCAGGGUUACACAUUCCCCACGGAGACCUUUAGGAGGGUGGAAGGGAACUUCUCACAGCUCCCAGACAUCGACUGCCACCAGAACCCUCCCUUCCUGGUCCUGCUCGUGGCGUCCUCGUCCCAGCAGGUGGAGGCCAGGAUGGCCAUCCGGCACACCUGGGGCAAGGAGAGGAGCGUGGCUGGGAGGCGCCUGGUGACCCUGUUCCUCCUGGGGAGCCCCGUGGAUCCCAGCCAGCAGGCUGGCAUCGCUGCUGAGGGCCAGAGGCACAGAGACAUCAUCCAGAAGAACUUCACAGACACCUAUUACAACCUGACCCUGAAGACCAUGAUGGGAAUCGAGUGGAUCCACAGGUUUUGUUCCCAGUCCCGCUUCGCGAUGAAAACCGACACGGACGUGUUUGUCAACGUUUUUUACCUCACUGAGCUGCUUCUGAGGAAAAAGAAGAUGGCUGGGUUCUUCACAGGCUUUUUAAAACUGCAUGAGUACCCCAUCAGGACAAGAGGGAGUAAGUGGUACGUGAGUAGGGAAGAGUAUCCAGGAACGACCUACCCACCCUUUUGUUCCGGGACGGGAUAUGUUUUAUCCAGCGACGUAGCCAGCCAGAUCUACAACAUUUCUGAGAGUGUUCCAUUCAUUAAACUGGAGGAUGUGUUCAUAGGACUGUGCCUUGACAGAUUGAAAAUUGGGCUGGAGGAGCUUCACUCGGAGCAGACGUUUUUCCCGGAGAGGAUCAGGUUCUCCGUUCCUCGCUUUAAGAAAAUCGUGACGUGCCAUGGAAUAAAACCAUCGGAGCAGCUGAGCUACUGGAACCACUUAGUGGCAGGAGCUCAAGGAGGAGUGCUCUAGCACAUACCCUGCUCCACUUAACAAACUGAAAGCCUCUGCUUUUACAGGGCUGCUCUGCACUCCAGCAAACUCCCAAUUAACUCCAGCUCCAGCACGUUAAAGGCUUUUGAAAUGGUUAUUUUAAUCACAGAACCAGAGAAUUGUUAAGGUUGGGAAAGGCCUCCAAGGUCAUUGAGUCAAACCUUUGACUCAACACCACCUUGUCAGCUAAAGCAGAGCACUGAGUGCCAUGUCCAGUCAUUCCUUGAACUGGAAUGACUGGAAUGAAGGUUCAGUUCCUUGAACCUCCCUGGGCAGCCCCUUCCAGUGCUUAACCACACUUUCUGUGAAAAAAAUCCCUAUUUCUGCCCAAGAACAUGCAAACCUCCUUCUCUCCCACUCACUCCCACCUCUGUGCAUCCCUUCUCUACACCAGUUACAAUUAUUAUUAUUUUUUUUCCCCUGAGACAUUCAGACCUGCCAACCUCCCCUCCAAAUCUUGCUGCUAAAGGCCUGGGAACAUUUCUGCUGUGCCAAACAAAAAGUCGAAGCACUUUUAUUCAGAGAAUGAAAUCUGCACCAUCUUCCUGGUCGCCCUCGAUAAAUUGCUGCACCCAUCUGUGCAGGCACUUAAGGAAUGAUAUUUGUAGCUGUCAGGAUGCUCCCUCCUGGCACAGGAAGCCACAGCCCUGCCCUUACAGCCAGCUCUGUGUGGGCUGAGCUGCAUCCUGGCACAGAUCCCUCCUUCAGUCUACACCAAUUUCUUUUGCAGGGAUGGUAGAAUUUGCCCGUGCAAUGCUCUUGGGACAGCCUUGGGCACUGCAGGUCACCUGGUGGACAGGUAAAAGCUGCUGCAGCUGUUUCCUUGUGUGUGCUUCCAGCUGAAAAUAAUCCGUGGUGGAGCCAGUGGAGGGUGUCCUGCUCUUCCUAUUAAAAUAGACCCUGGAGACAUCUUUUAUAUUUGUGUCUCACUCUGAUUGCCUGAGAGCUACUGUGAAUGGUUUGCCAAGGCUAAACUAGAGUCAUUUAUAGUGAUUUAGACAUUUUUUUUACCAAAGAGAAACUGGGUGUGUGAGGGAGAAGACAGGAGGAUUUUUCUCUUUUGAACAAGACCUAGUGGGAAAAUGUGUUCAAGUAAUCAUUCAGGCUGGGAGCCUUAUUUUUUAUUUCAUUCCCAAGCAAAGACUCAUGAAAUCUCUGGGAUGAUUAUAAGUUUCAGAGAUAAGGAGUGGGGCCUUUACAGUAGAUGCUGAACAAUCCUUCAGGGCUCUGAGGAGGGAAAAAGGAGUUCAGAAAUCCUCCUUUAUGCAGUGCUUCUGUUUGAUUUUCCUGCAAGCACAACCAAGGUCAGUGUUGCCAGCAUGGAACGGCUGUACUGUCUGUGGGAAGUGUUUUUUUCCAAAAAGCAGGGAAAGUGGAGCUGUUCCCAAAGGGAGCUGAGGAGAUCUGACACCCAGCAUAGUAAAAGCAUGGAAGAAAGACAGCAAAAGAAAUGUUAUUAUUUUGGUGUUAUUUACUUUUAUUGUUUCUUUAUUUCUCAUUAAAAAGAAAGAUUUUCUUUCUUUCUUUCUUUCUUUCUUUCUUUCUUUCUUUCUUUCUUUCUUUCUUUCUUUCUUUCUUUCUUUCUUUCUUUCUUUCUUUCUUUCUUUCUUUCUUUCUUUCUUUCU